UUCGCCGGGGGCGCAUCACUCUUAAGGGUGAUAUCGCUGCAAGGAGCAAACAAUAACACUAUUUAAAACACCAUGAAACAAGUGGAAGUGUUCUAUAUCAAACUAAGUAUAUAAAAACAAAACAAGUUCCUUCAAGUGCAUAAAAUCCUUAAGAGUGAUGUCCUCCGGAUGCACCUGUUUAUUAAAGUAUGUAUUUAAAAAAUAACUGAUCAUAUACUGAUAAUAUAACAUCACAGAAUACAUAUUAAAUUGUAUUGAAUUCACCAACCAUUCUAAAGAAUAUCAGUAUGAAACAUAUCAAAUUAAAAUUAGCAUAUCUAGCACAUAUUAUGAUAGGGUAAAUUUAAUUAGGGAAAAUCAUAUUUUAUUAGUGGUAAAUAUUACCUGUUCAUGUGUCACUCAUGAAUAUGCAACUUUGUGAAGGCUGUUAUUGGAGGAUGUACGUCUAGUUCCGUAGCAAUAUCGACCAAUGGGGGUUGAGGCUACGCGCAGCCGUAGAUCUACGGUAAAGCGGCGCGGGGUGCUACGCGAUCGACAGAAGCUACGACGGUCCUGCUACGCCUAGGAACAGAAAAAAUGUGUUAGCAUAGUGUGAGUGGGAUUACAUGAGGAAGAUCGGCAUUCCGCAAUGCAGGGGCUCCAAGCCGCGAAAGAGAAGGCCUCUGGCCUCUUCGCUAACAAACCCCUUCUGCUUAGAAACACUCAGUAUGAAAACUUUCACGUGGAACAGAAGGGCUACGAUCAGAUGUACGAUGGCGAAGAUCUGGAAACGCCACCGUCCCCUGAAAGACCACCACCGCGGCAUAUAGACAAAUACGUGCGUGCGGAAUGCCCAUGUUUGACGGCCCGCUACACCGUCGCACUGCUAGCUUGCUUCGGCUUCAGUAUCAUGUUCGGAAUGCGAUGCAAUAUGAGCAUGGCCAAACUUAAGAUGACCGAGAAACAUAAUACCUCAUCUGGAGUCAAAGAAGAUACGCCGUUCAAUUGGACCGUCAGCGUGGAAUCUUCAAUAGAUUCGUCAUAUUUCGCCGGCUACCUCAUUACUCAAGUGCCGGGAGGGUUCCUAGCGUCUAUGUACCCCGCGAACAAGAUCUUCGGUGCUGCGAUUUUCGCUUCAGCCAUAUUUAAUAUGGCGAUCCCUGGAGCAAUGUCUGUUGGACCCGUGGCGGUUGUGCUCCUAAAAAUCUCACAGGGAUUCGUUGAGGGUGUAACCUAUCCUUCUUGCCACGGCAUCUGGCGUAUGUGGGCACCACCUCUAGAACGAUCUCGUUUGGCAACGCUCGCAUUCUGCGGUACCUAUGCUGGCAUUGUCAUUGGCAUGCCAUUGUCUGGCCUUCUCACUGACUACAUAUCUUGGCAAACACCCUUCUAUUUCUAUGGAGUUUCGGGAAUGAUAUGGUAUGUUAUGUGGCUGUGGCUAGUAUUUGAGAGGCCAAGCAAGCACCCACACAUAUCGGGGAAGGAGCUCACGUACAUCGAACAAUCUUUAGGAACAGCCACACAAGCUGCUAUGCCUGGAUUCUGGAACACGCCUUGGAAGGCAUUCGCUACUUCACCACCCGUGUAUGCAAUCAUCGUAGCGAAUUUCUGUAGAACGUGGAAUUUCUGUUUGCUCGUCAUUUUCCAGUCUGCAUAUUUUAACACCAGGUUUAAUAUGCAAAUUACAGAGUCUGGGUUCGUUGGAGCGAUACCCCAUUUGAUCAUGACAUCACUGGUGCCCAUUGGCGGUAUGCUGGCGGAUUACUUGCGGAAAAACAACAUCAUGAGCACGACGAACGUACGCAAGCUUUUCAACUGCGGUGGUUUUGGCUUUGAGGCGUUCUUCUUUGUUCUCAUUGCUUAUGCUGAUAAUAAGUACGUGGCUACAAUAGAAAUGACUCUCGGAGUAGCAUGCAGUGGGUUCGCCAUAUCCGGGUACAACGUCAACCACCUCGACAUCGCCCCUCGCUACGCAUCCAUCCUCAUGGGCUUGUCCAACGGUAUCGGGACCAUCGCCGGCUUCCUCGUGCCUAUUGUUAUUGACUACAUCACUCAAGAUAAGGAUAAACCAGAAAUGGCAAUAAAAGAGUGGCGUGCGGUAUUCCUAAUGGGUGCCGCAGUGCAUUUCAUUGGCAUCACAAUAUAUGGCAUAUUCGCCUCGGGAGAACUGCAACCUUGGGCUGAACCAACACCGUCUUUUGACGCUCCGCUCAAAUCCUUAGACCAGGAAACAACCUUCUCGGAGAAGUCUUCAGCUCUGACUGGUUCAGAGCCGCCCGCGUACGGCAGCAUCGCGCCACCUCGUCCACCUGGGCCUCCGCAACAGCAACACGUACCUAACAACCCGUUCGUCUCCGGGGCACUCUACCAGGCCGAGCCCAUUCAGCCGCCCGCCGAGCCCUACCAAGAUCUUACCGAUGACGGCACUUAUUAAUCUUGCCAAUUAAUGAAGGUAAUAUCAGACGGUUCAUUCGAGUGAAUGUUCACUUGAGUGAUUGUUUCAUUUUAUUUUCAUUUCACGUUCACACAAGACAGACUAAAUUAUAUAGAAAUGAACGUUCAUCCGCUCUUUUUGUCGAAUAUGUCAUUUGAUGAAGUUGUGUGCCUCCCAGUAUGACAACAUACAUUUAAAGCCUUGAAUUUGUUUGAUUUGUUAUUUGAUCUAAGAAUCGGUAAAAAUGGUUAAAGAAGCAAAAGAACUCCAAAAACAAGCGUUUUGUUCCUUUUACUUGAAUACCAUUUUGUCGCAUACACACACAGACAGAAUAUAUUUUUUACUACGCAGUGUCGCCCGUCCAGUACAGGACAAAGAUAAUACGCUACAGGAUGCAAAAUAAAAAAAUGGCUAAGCUCGAGUGAAUAUUGUAUCUAUCUUUACGUUUCAUUUCCCGUUCAUUCGCAUCGCAAGUGAAAGAUGCAGGAAUCUUACAUCGUUGGACCGGUUCCCUAAUGAAUAAAUAUACAUUCGUCACUUUUGACUAAUUUUGUAUUCAGAUGUUUCAUUUCGAGUGAAGGAUGCCGAACGAAAGACAGAAAUGAA